GGAUGAGUGGUCCAUGCAUAGCAUGAUCCCCGCAAACAUCAACCCCACAAACCGUCUGACAGCUAUGCACGUCAUGCCAUAGCAUUUUGUCUGACCCUGAGUCGCCUAUUACAUAGAACCAGAUCAUCGCCAUGACCUCGAAAUUCCGCUGUCUCCGUUCGGCGCGUCUCGCAGCGCGUCACCCGUGUCCACGAAGAACAUUUGCUUCAGCCGCCAAUAGCCGCGCAGACCACGUUCGCAUCGUCGAAGUAGGACCACGAGAUGGGCUGCAGAAUGAGAAGCAAACGGUGCCUCUGGCGACCAAGAUCGAGCUGGUCGAGAGGCUGGCAAGGACUGGAUUAACUACCAUUGAGGCAGGCUCCUUCGUCUCGCCCAAAUGGGUGCCACAGAUGGCCAACUCGGCUGACAUCCUCGAGCACGUACUCUCCCGAACACCACAGUCGCCGCAUCCCAUCACCUACCAAUGGCUCCUGCCCAACGCCAAGGGCUUCGACAACUUCCUUUCCAUGUGGCAGUCCAGGUCGACACCACCACCACCAUCUCCAGGCACCGAUAAUGGCCCCGCCCUCAACACGUCCUCCUCGGAUCCCAAUGCCAUGCCCUCAGCAUCCUCCGGCGCCGAAGCCAUGGGCAAAAGCCGCAAUGCAACAACACCUAUACACGAGCUCUCCAUCUUCACAGCGGCGACCGAAUCCUUCACGCAAAAGAACACCAAUUGCUCCAUAGCCGAGUCGCUGAAGCGUUUCGAACCUAUCAUGUCCAAAGCAAAGGAGAUGGACCUCAAGGUCCGGGCAUACAUCUCAGUCGCACUUGGCUGCCCUUACGAGGGGCCAAACGUAGACCCCCACAAGGUGGCGGAGCUGGCAGUCAGCUUGCUCGAAAUGGGCGCCGACGAGAUAUCGGUGGCGGAUACCACAGGCAUGGGCACUGCGCCCAAGACGCUGGAGCUCUUGAAGACUCUGAAUGCUGCUGGUGUGACCAAGGACGACCUGGCGCUGCACUUCCACGAUACCUACGGUCAGGCGCUGGUCAAUUCCGUCGUUGCUCUGGAACACGGCAUUCGCACCUUUGAUGCAGCCGUCGGUGGGCUUGGAGGCUGCCCGUUUAGUCCGGGCGCGACUGGAAAUGUUGCGACCGAGGAUCUGGUACACUGUUUCCAUAGCUUGGGCGCCAAGACUGGUAUCGAUAUGGAGAAGCUUGCUGAGGCAGGUGAGUGGAUCUCGCAAGAGCUGGGCAGGGCGAACGAUAGUAGAGCUGGCAAGGCUGCGUUGGCUCAGCUGAGGAAGUCGGCGUAGGGGGUGGGAAACAAUCAAACUUGUGUAUGCCCUCGAGUAUGAUACAGAUUGGUAUAGAAUAUGAUGCUGGAAGCCUCGGUGUUCUUGGUCGCUUGCCCCAAACUGUCAUGAUUCUUGUUAAGAGACCGAACCUAGACGAGGUAACUGCGCGAACACUUAAUGGCUGCUUCGAUGGCUUAUCAUUCGAGUCUGUCUAUGAGCUUCAUCCCAAGGUCAGGCAAUACGAUGUUCACUCAGAG